AUGGCAUCAGGUCAUGCAUACACAGGAAACCCAAAGCGCACAGCCCGCUACUACCUGAAUGGCGUGGCCGAUGAACUCACCUCAGAGAACAUCCCGCUGCUGAUAACGCUCGAGUCGUCGUUUGAGCGGGUACUGAUUGCGCGGCUAGCCGAGACUGCGCAGAUUCCUGGCAGUCCUGGAACAUUCGAGUACAUGCUCAAUAGCUGGCGCAGCGUCAGCAAUGUGGUCGGCAACCUGACUGGCGCCAGAGGCAGGGCACUGGACCCGGCAGUGCGUGGCGCUCGUGUCAGCGCUCUUCAGGGCGCGCAGGCACUGCUGGUGUCGUACAUGGGCCUGUCGCUGCAGUUCCCCGACAUGGUCGUCCCAGCCAUUGGCAGGCCAGGCCAGAAGAUUCUGUCGGGCGUUGCUCUGCCGCAGGGCCUGCUUGACCAGAUUAUCAAAAGGUUCGCCAACGAUGGGCUGCCCGAAGUGCUUGCGCCCGUGUUUGCCGAGCUGGGUCUGCGGACAAUCGAUUCUGGCAGUGCUGGAGGAGCUGGUUGCCUACGCGGAUAUCUGCGUGGCCAUCCCGCAGAUGCCGACGUUCGACCCCGAGGAUUGCAACGGGCGGCGAAUGCAGAUAGGCACAGCGCUAGGUCCCGUUCUUGUCGACUGAGCGCCUUCCCGACCAGCAACCCGGAGAUAAUCAGCAACUACUACGCCGAUGCACCAGAGCGCAACCGCGAAGAGCGCAACGCACUCCACAGCAGCAUCCGCUCGACAGUCCAGUACGUGCAGGGAGCCCUGUUUGACGUGUUUUACAAGCUGGUGGCACGUUCAGGCGUGCCGGCACGGACAGCUACUAUCCAGUACACGCUGCGCACCCUGGCAACCAAUGCCCUGCGUUCAGGCAUGCAUGUGGAUCGCGACAAGGUUGUCGACAACGGGUUUGCUGACAACCUGGCCUCGAUAUGGCUGCGCCUGUCUGAGCCCUUCACCCGUGACCCUCAGCUGAAGAAGCUGGAUCGGGUGGAUGCCGACUGGAUCUCCCUGCGCGCUACUCGCAGCUCUGAGACCAUGCCUGCCGGCUUGGACGACGCGCAGAGCCACAUUGGCACAUAUUGGCGCGAGCUGACCCGGCUGCAUGCUGACCAGUCGGCAGCAGACGCGUAUCUGCAGCGGCGGCAGCAGGAGACAGAGGGGCUGGGCGACAAGCAGAUGCCCGGAUUCAUUGCCGACUGCUUCUUUGCCACGGCGGACGCCCUCCACCUCGGCCCAAUCUCGAUCCUCAGCCAGUACAAGGACAUUCUGAGCAAGCUGUCGCGGUUCCGAGGCGAAGUCGAGCGGAUUGAGCGCAUGCCUGAGCUGCUUCCACCUGAGCAGCGUGCAUCGUUGCCGCUGGCGAUGCAGCGGUGGAAGGAGCAGCUCAAGGGCAUGAAGCGCGAAAAGAUCGCGAUGGAUGCGCAGGUGCUUGACCCGCGGCGACUCAAUAGCAUGGUCAUUUUCUACAGAUUCGCCAUGGCGUUCCUGCUGCGGCAGGUUGAUGCCAAUGGCCAGUACCCGCACAGGCCGUUUGCAAUGCCCACCGAUGAGGGCGAGGCGUCGGUUCCAGAGGCGUGGCGCAUGCUGCCGGAAUUCCUGGCAGGAGGACCCGAUCGAAUUCAUCGUGUUCAUCGUCACGUGGGUGUUGGCGAGCUGCGCACAUUCGACGACAUCAUCCCCCUGUUCCUGAUUACGUUCCUGGCCCGCCCAGCGUACAUCAAGAACCCGUAUCUGAAGGCGAAAGCUGGUGGAUGUCCUGCAUAUGCUGACCAAGUCUACCAGUUCCGCGACAUCCUCGACAGCAACCGGUUUGCCAAGGCGUAUCUGGUACCAGCUCUGCUGCGGUUCUACGUGGAUAUUGAACAGACAGGCGCCAGCUCUCAGUUCUACGACAAGUUCAAUAUCCGAUACUACAUCGCACGUACGCUACGGUCGCUGUGGUCGCGUGGACGCAGCCACGUUGUGGCCACCAAGCAGUUCUUCUCGCAGAGCCACCGUGAAUCCAGCACUGCGGCGACGACUGGCAGCACAUACCGUGACCAGCAGGUCAUUGAGCAGUUUGUGGCCGCGUCUGAUGACCGACACAACGUAUCUCCUCGACGAGUCUCUGAGCAAGCUGGCAGGAUAUCCGCGAGCUCGAGAAGCAGCCAGCCGAGCCAGCAGCAGCCAGGCGCUGGCGAAGACGAGGCUGGGGACCGUGCCCAGCGUCUGCAGGAUGCCGAGCGCAUCGCCAGGUCGUACGUGUCGUUGGCCCACGAGACGGUGCCGCGGCCAUUCCAGGCUGGCGAAGUCGUCGAUCGUCUGGCAGCCAUGCUCAACUAUAACCUGGACCAGCUUGCUGGCCCCAAGUGCUCGAACCUACGUGUGCGCGAUAUGCAGCAGCGGUUUUCAUUCAAUCCGCGCGUCCUGCUCUCGGAGCUCACCAGUGUGUACAUUCACCUUGGACUCCCGCGCCAAUCUGACGGCUCGGACGACGCAAUGACCGAUGCCGAGGACCAGCAAGCCAUUGACCGGUUUGUCACCGCCGUGGUCGAGGACGACCGCUCGUACUCGGUGGAGCUGUUCCAAAAGGCCUACGGGAUCCUGGAGCGCAUCUCGCUCAAGAGCCCCGAGUCGCUGGCGCGCCUGCUCGAGUUUGCUGAGAACUGCAAGCAGGCCAAGGUCGACUCGCAUGCGAUCGAGUUCCUUGAGGACGAGGCGCCUGAUGCGUAUCUUGACCCGGUUCUGGCCUCGCUGAUCACCGACCCAGUCCGCCUGCCAACCUCGGACACCAUCAUGGACUUGGCGUCGAUUAAGGGCCAGCUGCUGAGCGACCCGCGCGACCCGUUCAAUCGCAGCCCGCUGACGGUCGACAUGCUGGAGCCGAUGCCCGAGCUCAAGGAGGAGAUCCGUCGGUGGCGCGAGGCCAAGCUCAAAGAGUACUACGCCAGCAAGUAA